AUGGUCUGGGUGUCCAACCAAUCCGGCACAUGCCUCAACGUCUCCAUCUCCUCCGCGCACACCUCCGGCGGCAACCCUGGCUUCUUUCCCGUCGAGCACGAGCUGGAGAACUGGGCUGUGAACCACUGGCACCGGGCGGCGGCACCCAGCGAGACCGCCGUCGUGCACCUGCGGAACACGACCGCGACGAUCACGGAUGUGAAGGGGAACGACCUCCUCGUGAUCUUCGGGAACACGUGGCUUAAAGUCCCGGACGUGCUGGUGAGUUAUGAGUUCAAGUUGUUUGGCAAGGGCACUUCGUCUAAGUACGCCGCGUUGCUUCCGACUGGCGACAAGCGCAUGGCAGUCCUCUUUACGGCUCAUUGA